AGAGAAAGAGCGAACAGCCAGGUCACGGAUUGCAAAUCAAUUAAAAAUGGCGUCUUUUAAUAUCUCGUAGAUUUAUCGCGAAUGAUAUCGCAUUUUUUAAACGGUUUAUUAACGUAGAGGCUCUUAAACGUUACAAUUUAAAUCCAUUGUUUCGGUUACACUGCAACAAAACGUAAAUAAGAUUAUCUGGUAGAUUCGGGAAUUGUUUUUUUUUUUUCAACCAGUGACUUGUGACUUGAGUACAAAAGACCACAAAGACAAAGAAAAAUAAUAAGAGUAAGGGUAAUUAACAAUAUAACUUGUAAUCGAAUGAUUUGAAAUUACUGUCACAAUUAUUAUUUCGAGAAUAAUCACUGGGUGAUUUAAUAAUAUAAAUAAUUGGAGACAAAAUGCAAGCAUCUCAGGCCCAACAGGGACAUCAGCAAAUUGCAGGCGCUAGUGUUAUAUUAAAAAUGAACGAAAUACAACAACUGUCAACAGUCGGGCUUUUGGAGUUGGCGCAUCGUGAAUAUCAAUCUGGAGAUUAUGAAAAUGCUGAGAGACACUGCAUGCAGUUAUGGCGACAAGAAACAAAUAAUACUGGUGUUUUAUUAUUAUUAUCUUCAAUUCAUUUCCAGUGUCGACGACUUGAAAAAUCAGCACACUACAGCAGUCUUGCUAUAAAACAAAAUCCAUUAUUAGCAGAAGCUUACAGUAAUUUAGGAAACGUCUACAAGGAACGAGGACAACUUCAAGAAGCUCUGGAAAACUACAGACAUGCGGUACGACUAAAGCCGGACUUUAUUGAUGGGUAUAUAAACUUGGCGGCCGCGUUGGUGGCUGCUGGAGACAUGGAACAAGCCGUUCAAGCUUACGUCACUGCUUUGCAAUACAAUCCAGAUCUCUAUUGCGUCCGCAGUGAUCUCGGUAAUCUUUUGAAAGCAUUAGCAAGACUUGAUGAAGCUAAGGCUUGUUACCUGAAGGCCAUUGAGACGCGGCCGGAUUUUGCCGUCGCCUGGAGUAAUCUAGGUUGUGUUUUCAAUGCACAAGGUGAAAUAUGGCUCGCUAUUCAUCACUUUGAGAAAGCAGUUGCUCUAGAUCCUAAUUUCCUCGACGCUUACAUUAAUCUCGGAAAUGUCCUCAAGGAAGCGAGAAUUUUUGAUCGAGCUGUUGCUGCAUAUUUAAGAGCAUUAAAUUUAAGUCCUAACAAUGCUGUCGUCCACGGAAAUCUUGCUUGUGUUUAUUAUGAGCAGGGGCUCAUUGAUCUGGCAAUUGAUACUUACCGUCGUGCAAUUGAGCUUCAGCCAAAUUUCCCUGAUGCCUACUGUAAUCUUGCAAAUGCACUCAAGGAGAAAGGUCAAGUGGUUGAAGCCGAGGAAUGCUACAACACAGCCCUCCGUCUGUGUCCCACCCACGCAGACUCUCUUAAUAAUCUGGCCAACAUAAAACGUGAGCAAGGUUACAUCGAGGAGGCGACUCGUCUCUAUCUGAAAGCCCUUGAGGUCUUCCCGGAGUUUGCUGCCGCGCACAGCAACCUGGCCUCCGUCCUCCAGCAGCAGGGAAAGCUCAAUGAAGCGCUCAUGCACUACAAAGAGGCGAUCCGCAUCCAGCCGACCUUCGCGGAUGCCUACUCCAACAUGGGCAACACCCUCAAGGAGAUGCAAGACAUCCAGGGUGCUCUCCAAUGCUACACUCGCGCUAUUCAGAUAAAUCCCGCGUUCGCAGACGCACACUCAAAUCUCGCCUCGAUCCACAAGGACUCGGGCAACAUUCCUGAAGCCAUUCAGUCAUACCGCACAGCUCUUAAGCUCAAACCAGAUUUCCCAGACGCGUACUGCAAUCUCGCUCACUGCUUGCAGAUUGCCUGCGACUGGACUGACUACGAAGCGCGCAUGAAGAAGCUCGUCUCCAUAGUCGCCGAGCAAUUGGACAAAAACCGGCUGCCCAGUGUCCAUCCUCAUCACUCAAUGCUCUAUCCUCUUUCCCACGAGUUCCGCAAGGCGAUCGCUGCCCGUCACGCCAACCUCUGCAUCGAAAAGAUCCACGUUCUCCACAAGCCGCCUUACAAGUAUCCCCGUGAAGCCGGGGUAAGGUUGAAAAUUGGUUACGUGUCUUCAGACUUUGGUAAUCACCCGACAAGUCAUCUCAUGCAAUCUAUUCCCGGGCUACAUGAUAAAUCUAACGUUGAAAUAUUCUGCUACGCGUUGAGCACGGAUGACGGCACUAAUUUCCGUUCUAAAAUCGCUCGUGAAGCUGAACACUUUAUUGAUCUAUCUCAGGUACCCUGUAAUGGAAAAGCUGCUGAUCGCAUUAAUAACGACGGUAUCCAUAUCUUGGUAAAUAUGAACGGUUACACAAAAGGAGCUAGAAAUGAAAUAUUUGCUCUACGUCCGGCUCCUAUCCAAGUUAUGUGGUUGGGAUACCCAGGUACUUCGGGAGCCAGUUUCAUGGAUUACUUGAUCACCGACGAGGUCACUUCACCCGUUGAAUUAGCGAGCCAGUACAGUGAGAAACUUGCUUACAUGCCCCACACUUACUUCAUUGGAGAUCACAAACAAAUGUUCCCGCACUUGAAGGAACGGCUGAUACUCACCGAUAAAUUAAACAUGAAAGGUAAACUAGCGGACAAUGUUGCUGUUAUAAAUGCCACUGACUUGUCGCCGAUGAUUGAAAAUACGAUGGUAAAAGAGAUUCGCGAGAUAGUGGUAGCUGAUUCAAAGAACAAGCCGGUUGAGAUAUCAAUGAAGAUCGCCGAGUUGCCGACAACAACGCCCAUUGAAACAAUGAUUGCUUCAGGGCAGUGCCAGAUGUCGGUCAAUGGCGUGGUUGUGCAAAACGGAAUGGCGCCAACCCCAGUCAAUACUAAAACAGCAACAGGUGAAGAAGUACCUCAGAGUAUUGUCAUUACUACGAGACAACAGUACGGAUUGCCAGAGGAUGCCGUUGUUUAUUGCAACUUUAAUCAGCUUUACAAAAUAGAUCCUCUUACGCUGCACAUGUGGGCGUACAUAUUGAAACACGUUCCUAAUUCCGUACUAUGGCUGCUGAGAUUCCCCGCAGUCGGUGAACCCAAUUUGCAAGCCACUGCUCAGCAAUUAGGAUUAGCCCCGGGCAGGAUUCUCUUCAGCAAUGUCGCGGCUAAAGAGGAACACGUCAGACGUGGACAAUUAGCAGACGUAUGUCUUGAUACUCCACUUUGCAAUGGGCACACCACUAGCAUGGAUGUUCUCUGGACCGGUACUCCAGUUGUUACGUUACCUGGUGAGACCUUGGCCUCCAGAGUUGCCGCCAGUCAGCUUAAUACCCUGGGAUGUCCGGAGUUGGUGGCCAGGACCAGACAAGAGUACCAAGAUAUCGCCGUACGAUUGGGUACCGACAGAGAAUUUUUGAAGACAAUAAGAGUAAAAGUAUGGAAAGCAAGAUCAGAAAGUCCAUUGUUUGAUUGCAAAAUGUAUGCACUAGGAAUGGAAAUGCUUUACAAACGCAUGUGGGAACGUUACAGCCGCGGAGAAAAACCAGAUCACAUUGCGGCUGUUGACAAAACAAAUGACAAUUUAUUAAAAAUUACAGCGACAUAAUCUGUUUAAAUAUUUCGUAAAAACGAUCUCAUCUUUAAUUAAUUUCUCAUUUUUUUUUUUCUUUUAUUUUUAUUAAUAUUAUUUACGUCCAUUGAGACUCAAGCUUCACUUGUACGUCAGGAAAAUAAAUAAAUUUAAAUUAUUAGACAGGACAUUAAUUUUAAAAUGUGAAAGGAUUAUUGAUUUUGAUCGUAGAUUAAUUGCUAUUAUUAUAAUUAUAAUUAUUAUUAUUAUUAUUAUUAUUAUGUAUAAAAUGAAGCAAGGAGAUAAGGAUAAGACGAUAAUGACACAAACAACUCAGUCAAUUAAAAUGUAAAUUUUAUAUCAGAAACAAAAUUUAUGUUUAAACUUUUUUUUUUUUUACACAAGAGAAAAUAUUAAAGUUAAUUUUGUUUUUUUAUAAUUAAAACUUUAUUUAUAAAAAUGAGUUGUAAGAAAACAAGAUUGUAAAUAAUUACAAGAUUACUUAAAUACAUUAAUUUUAUUUUAUUAUUACCAUUAAAGCUUUUUUGGGCAUUUGGUUAUAAAAAUUAAUAAGGCCCAAAAAAAUAUUUAAAAAAAAAAAAAAACAUGUGUGACAAGGAUAUUUAAGGGAGUUUAUUAUUAAUUACUAUUUAAAUAGAAAUAGAAUAAUUAAAUGUUAUGUAUAAUUUAGGUAAUAAAUAUAAGAAUAUAUAUAAA